AUGUCGGUUCAGCAAGGAAUACCCUUAAUCCACGAUCGAUAUAGCUAUGUACAGUACAUACUACCUGGCUUUGUGACCGGGGUUUAUGCCAGCGCCUGCUUUGGUGGAAUGGUUAUCAGUGAGGGAAUCCGGGUUUUAUAUCGAUUUCCACAGGACUCGACAAUCAUGCGAGUGAUGGUUCUGUGGGUGAUGGGAUGUUCAUUGCUGCACACGAGCUGGUUUGAGUACAUCGCCUAUCAUUACGCGGUUGAUGGAUUUCAUGAUGUGAGGAAACUCAACACAGUGACCCCUCAUCUUGGGGCUCACGUAUUUUUGUCCCGAGUUCUGGUCACAACAUCUCAGCUUUUUUUCUGCUAUCGACUGUAUGUUUUUUCAAGCCGAGACUGGCGGGGCACGGGUCUUGCUAUCCUGCUUACUCUUGGACAUGUAGCAUCCGCAAUCGGUACGAUGAUACAGUUCGUCCGAGCAAAGUACUAUUCGGAGCUGUUUGUAUUGCUUCCUCUGGGGUUUCUCUAUAGUACAACGAUUUCUGGCGAUAUCCUCAUCACCGGUUCCCUGUUAUACUUUUUGGGAAAGCAAAAGACUCAUUAUAUCAAGACCAAAUCCAUAAUCAAACGGAUUAUGCUUUUGUCUUUCCAAACUAGUUUUUUGACCACGGCGUUAGCUAUUGUAUCGAUCGGCCUUCUAGGAGCCCAGAGGGAACUGGGAAUUCUAUAUUGCUUGACGCUUAUCUCGGCGCAACUUUAUCUUCUUUCAAUCCUGGUAACCUUGAAUUCGCGUUUUGACUUCGCCAAAGCUUUCGCCGAGGAUGCUAACAAGAGUCUUUCAAGAUCAUUCCGAAUGAACUUUCUCAAAUCAAAAACUAGGGAGUGGCCUGGUCCUGGUGAAGGUGUCAGCAUUCAGGUGGACCAGGUUGUUUUCACAGAUUUCGACGAAGAUAUCCUUGUGUCACCGAGGUUUACAAAAGUUCGCCCUGGUAACAACGGUCAAGAUACCAUCCGAUCGCCUGCUGUGCCCAUCCUAGAUAAUUUUUCGCCUAGGUAG